CGCACGCAUUUACGAUCGCUUAAAACCAGAGCAAGCAGUCGCUCGAUCAUUACAGAGGCUGCAGCUGUUAGUUUAACUUUACUGUUGGAGCUGUUUGGUUGUUACUGAAGCUACAGUAGCUGCACUUGAACUGCGACCGCCUUGGGGGAUUUAUAAAUUAUUGCUGAUAAGAUAGCAGCUGUCGCACUGACUGAUAAGUUUGUCGAGUGUCUUUGAUAUAAAUUGAACGCCAAGCAACUGCUACUGUUCAUUCACAAUGCCGCCCAAGGAAGCCAAGCCACAGCCCACAGCCGCGCAAAUAAGCGAGGUAAAGACGCGUUUGUUCAAACGCAUGGAGACGGAGCCACCAGCAGUGCCCUUCUGUGCCAAAGAUCUGGCGCGCAUCAACGACAAUGACAUCUGGAUUACCAAGCUGCUGGAAGCCUACAAGCUGGAUGUGGAAAAGUGCAUAGUGCGCUUGUGGGACAAUCUGGCCUGGCGUCAGAGCUAUGGCGUCAAUGAAAUCACCGAGGCGAGCCUGAAUCAGGAAUACUUGCACGACGGCGAGAUCUAUGUGCACAAUCAGGAUAUGGACAGCUGCCCACUGCUCAUUGUGAACUUCUCCAAGCACUCGAAGAGCAAGAGCCAAGACGACUUGCUGCGUAUAGUUGUCUACUGGGUGGAGCGCAUGCAGCGCGAGAAAUAUUUGCAAAAGGUAACGCUAUUCAUGGACAUGACCGGCGCGGGUCUCAGCAACUUGGAUGUGGACUUCAUAAAGGCCAUUAUAAACGUGUUUGAAACCAAAUAUCCCAAUGCACCCAACUGGAUAAUCGUGCACGAGCUGCCCUUCCUACUCAAUGCGGCGUUCAAAAUCGUCAAGGGCUUUAUGCCGCCAGAGGCCUUGGAAAUCCUGCGUGUCACCACCAAGAAGGACAUCGGCGAGUAUGUGGACCAGGACAACUGCCUCAAAAUCUGGGGCGGCAACGAUGACUAUAGCUUUAAGUUUGUCAGCAACUAAAUGCCGACUGCAUAUAAGCGCUUGUAAAUAAUAAACAAU